AUGGCGAACGUGUUAGAGAAAGAAACUGGGUUCACCAUGUUCAGUGAUGAUGAGCUAAAGGAUGUUAACGAGGUGAAGAGAGUUGGAGAAUAUGUUGAAGUCAUGUGCGGUUGUACUAGCCAUAGAUAUGGUGAUGCUGUUGGAUGGCUUAGGGUUUUCGUUAAUGGUUACCUUGAAAUAACCUGUGAAUGCACCCCUGGUUGUAAAGAAGACAAGUUGACUCCUGCUGCAUUCGAGAAACAUUCUGGAAGAGAAACAGCUAGGAAAUGGAAGAACAAUGUGUGGGUAAUAAUUAAUGGUGAGAAAGUUCCAUUGUAUAAAACAGUUCUUCUCAAAUACUACAAUGAAGCAUUAAGAACAGCCAAUGGAUCACACAAAUCGCAAAAUGGACGAGGCCAUCGAGAUGAGUUUAUCCGUUGUACUAGAUGUAACAAAGAGCGUAGGUUCCGUCUGAGAACAAAAGAGGAUUGCCGCAUUCAUCAUGAUGCUUUGGCUGAUCCAAAUUGGAACUGUUCUAAUCUUCCGUAUGACAAAAUUACAUGUGAUAAUGAAGAAGAAAGAGGAAGUCGAAGGGUUUACAGAGGAUGCACUCGUUCUGCAGCAUGUAAAGGCUGCACUUCUUGUGUAUGCUUUGGGUGUGGGAUAUGCCGUUUUUCAGAUUGCAAUUGCCAAACUUGUACUGACUUUACCAGGAAUGCCAAUGUCAAAGCUUGA